AAUUGCCUCUGAAAGGUUUCUGUAAAUCUGGGCUUUUGUUAAAGGUCUGCAAAGCGAGAUCCUUAAGGGUUUUUUUUUUUCUUUUUGUCUUGUAAAUCUGACAAUGUGACUGAUUAAAAAGCAGAUUGUUUACCUCAUUUGGGGAUGAUGUCAUAGCUGAAGGUUCCUAUUCGCUGCAGCUCUUGAAGAGUACAAUUCCUGUCCCAGCUGGAGCACAGUGACCUCCUUUCUUCUACACAAGCAGGCAGGCUUGUCCAGCCCCUGCCGAUCCGCCUUAAAAGAAGAGUAGAGCACAAAGCCUGUAGACGCAAGUUGUUCUUUACUGUGCGUAGAUUCCCCUCCCCCUUUCCUUCCAACUUUAGAUAGAGUUGACCCAACUGGCAUUACAGUUAACUAUUACCUUUGUAAUUGCUUGAGGAUUCAAGCAAUGCUUUUUGCAAUGAACUACGUGGAGUGAACCGGGUGACUUUUUUUUUUCUUGAGCUGGCUCAUCCUGUGCUUUUUUUAAUUUUAUUUAUUUAUUUAUUUAUUUAUUUUACUAGCAAAGGUGGCAGGUGAUUGGGCAGAGCCUCUAUGACAUAUAGCUGUGGAGUCAGGAAACUCUACUGCAAAGAGGCAACUCUACAUAAUCGCUUCAUUUGAGUUUGCUGCACUAAAAGAGUAGAAUGCUUCACAGCUGACACAGUGUUGUAAUGCAUGUUUUGAUGCUCAAAGCCUUUUCCACAAUGCUGUGCACUCAGACUUACAUCAAAUGCAGAGAUAACCAAAAUACACACGUCUGCUUAGCUCCAUUUUCACUGGUAAUCAAAGUGUACAAUGAAGAUGACACAAGUCGAGCACUGGAAGUACCCAGCGAUAUUACAGCACGGGACGUCUGCCAGUUGUUCAUACUAAAGAACCAUUGCAUCGAUGACCAUAGCUGGACACUUUUUGAGCAUCGGGCCCUCAUAGGCAUUGAAAGAACCAUAGAAGACCAUGAGUCGAUUAUUGAAGUGCAAUCAAGCUGGGGAAUGGAAACAGACGACCGUUUGUAUUUUAGGAAAAAUUAUGCCAAAUAUGAAUUCUUUAAAAAGCCACUGGAUUUUUUUCCAGAGCAUAUGGUGUCUAUAUCAAGCGAAACCAAUGGACUUCUGAACCAUUCACAACUUGUACAGACAUUUCUAAAUGCCAGCUCUUGUCCUGAAAUCCAUGGCUUUCUGCAUGCUAAAGAGCAGGGAAAGAAGACAUGGAAAAACAUCUACUUUGUCUUGAGAAGAUCUGGGCUUUAUUUGUCUAAUAAGGGAACUUCAAAGGAACCCAGGCAUCUUCAAUUUGUUGCUGAAUUCAGUGACAGUGAUGUUUAUACAUUACUGGCAGGCAGGAAGAAGUACGGGGCACCAACAGACUACGGAUUCUGUAUUAAGCAUAACCAAUCAGGAGGAGCCAGAGGCCUGAAACUGCUCUGUGCAGACGAGGAGCAGAUUAGGACCUGCUGGGUGACAGCCAUUCGGCUUUUCAAGUAUGGGAUGCAGCUGUACCAAAAUUACAUUCAACCUUAUCAGAAGCAGAAAGCAUCACCAGUGAGGAGCAUUUCAGAAAACUCACUAGUGGCAAUGGACUUCUCAGGGCACAAGAGCAGGGUGAUAGAAAACCCUACAGAAGCGCUUUCUGUUGCUGUUGAGGAAGGACUUUCCUGGCGGAGGAAAAGCUGUCUACGACUCAAUCCACAUGGAGGUCCCUCUACUCAGAGUCCUACUUCAAAUUUAGUUAUUCACAGAACUCACCCCUGGUUUCAUCAUAAAAUUUCUAGAGAUGAAGCUCACAAAUUAAUUGCACAGCAAGGUCUUAUUGAUGGGGUGUUUCUUUUAAGGGACAGCCAAAGUAAUCCUAAAACGUUUGUUCUGUCAUUGUGUCAUGCCCAGAAAAUAAAGCACUUUCAGAUUGUACCUCUGGAGGAAGAUGGAGAGCUGUUCUUCACCCUGGAUGAUGGUCACACAAGAUUUACUGAUCUCAUCCAGCUUGUGGAGUUUUACCAGCUUAAUAAGGGAGUGUUGCCCUGCAAGCUAAAACAUCAUUGUGCUCGAAUUGCUCUUUAAUCAGGACAUGACAUUUCUUGCAUUCAUCAGAUGUUCUGAAAAGAACCACAGAAAACUAGUGAAAAAACAACUUCAUUGUAAGGUGGUUUUUAAAAUAAUUGUGAGUUCUGCACAAAAAAAAUAAAAUCAAAACCUCUGUUUAUCCAGAUGAGUCGGAUUUGAGAACAAAUUCUCAUUUACAACGUGCCUUGGACUAAGAAAACAUUAAUUUUAUUGCAGCCAAAUUAGCAAGAAGCUGCUGAUUCACUCUAUCUGAUUCAUAUUCAUAGAAACAUUGAUUUAUUUCUAAUCUUCAUAAAAGCAUUUAAGCAAAAGUACAGUAAGUAUGGCAUUAUAAAAAGCUGUUUGGGGAAAAAGUGUGCUCUCUUGUCAUUAAGAUAUUUUGUAAACUUUUGUCUUAUUUUUUGGUGGCACAGCAGGCAGCCUCAGGAUUACUGAUAAUGGUUAAACAUCAUUACAAAGCCCAUAUCAUAAACUUCUGUAUUACUAUUUUUAGUAAAGUUGUCUCCCCGUCAAGUAAAAUGAGGCAUACUUUUAGUUGUUUUAGAUCUUUUUUUUUUUUUUUUUUUCAAUGAAUUACCCCACAUUUAAACUGUCCAUUUUAUGUGUCUAUAUUUUCUACUCCAUAGUAAAUGUAUUGCCUUCAGUGGGAAUUCAGGCCCAUAAUAUCUACUGCUCUGAAAAAAAAAAGUAUAGUAAGUCUACCUAACAAUUGUUGCCACCUAUUUUCUACAGAAACAUGCUGGAAAAUGUUUAUUCUAAUGAACAGGUCAACCCAAAAAAGGAAGAACCAAAUCUACAUGUUAAAAAUAUCUAAACCUUUUUCUUUUAAAUGCAUUUAUUUUCUUUUUUAAAGAGCAGCAUGGUUUAUAUCUUUUUAUUGAAAGCACAGUGAUAUGCUAACAGAGAAUAGUUUGAUGAAAUGAUUAAUGAAUGUCAAGGACUGCAAUGUUUUUGUAUAAAUCAAAGUCAAUUUGCACUGUAUGUUUUCAGUUUGUUUUGAUUUUUGUUUUUAAAUCUAUUCAGGAUUGAGACGGUUACACAACUUUCUAAAAUGUUCUACAUUCAAGGAUUACAGUAUAAUCAUUGUAGAAGACAUGUUUGAUUUGUUAAUUGCACUGUAGUUGGAACACUGGUAUCGUUUAUAACUAGUUAUUCACGUUGACUGUCCAGACUGUCACAAUAUGCCAAGUAGUUCAAUGCUGUUUCGUUCUUUAAAUGUAUGGUCAUGCACCCAAUUGCUUACAUUUUCUAUAAAUGGACCUAAAUGACCUAAAGUGUAUUUAUAUGACAAUGUAGUAUAAUAAAUGUAUAUAUAAUUUAAUGUGUUAAAGAACCUGUUAUGACAUUUUUUCUAUGCCCCUCUUUUAUAUAUUUUAUCAGCUGAAUUUACUCCAAAAUAUGACAAUCCUUUUUUAAGGCAUCACCUUUAAAAAUAGUUCAAACACCUGCUACAAGUGAUAUUUUAUAGAAUAUUCUGUUUUUUACAUGGCCUACAAAAUGUUUAAAUUAGUUCCCCCCCAGUAGGGUAGAAUGGUGUGCUAACAGGGGAAGAACCUUGAUGGGCCAAAUGGCCGUUUCUCAUUCACAAGCUUUUCUUAUGUUUACAGGAUUGUAAAGAAUUCCCAGAUAAAAAAUAAAUAAAUAAAUUCUAUUGUCUAUUGAAAAUUUAUUUUUUUAGGUACAAUUUUGGUUUUGUUAUAAUGUUCUGCUAUUCUUCUUAAACUCCUGUGUAUACCAAUACACCACUUGUAUUAUGUAUGUGUUGCAUUAGUAAAAUGUUCUGUAGAGACACAGUGUGCGUGUGUGUGUGUAGAGAGAGAGAGAGAGUUAGUUCACUCUUUAGUUCUAAACAAUAGUAUAAUGUUUUAUUACAUUAAACAGAUGUGUGUUAUAUACCAGCUGUUUUAAGAGACAAUUGUACUAGAAUACAGAUUUUCAACACCAUUAAUGUUACAAUAUGAAAGUAAGAAGGGCACGAAUGAACAAAAUAACUUUCCUUUAAUGGCAAAUUACUAAUGUCUGAAAACUGGUCAUUUAAGUUUCAAGCACUGGGUGGCAGCAGUGUGCUAUUAACAGACUCUUCUCUUUCCUUGAAGUCUCCCUAUAAUUAUAUGUAUCGGCUUAUAGUCUUGGUACACGUUCGGAACAUGCCCUGCUAUUUUGACAGAUCUAAGUUAUUAAAACGUUCUGUACCAAUUAGUUCUAUGAAUUGCUGGGAUUGUUAUCAUUAAGCUGCAAGAUAAGACCCUGAGCUUGAUAAAUGAUUAAAAUGUUAUCAGCAUAAAUCAUUAAAUACGUAAAUGUAUUUCUUUAACACUAGAACUGCCACGGCAUUCAUUUUGACAGUUUUCACUUUUAAAAUUUAAAUUGCUGUGCGUGUGUGAAAAAUACGUGGUUGUCUGUUCUUGACUUUUCCUAAAUACAUGUAUUAAAUACCCUGAUAGGCAGGAUCACAAAAAUUAAAAAGUUAUAAUUAACCCCCUCUAUCUAAUACCGCCAGAGCAGUCAUUUUGACUGCCUUUUAUAAUGUUUUUAUUUUGAAUAUAACCUACAAUAUUAUAUUUUAUUUUUAUAUACAAGCCUGUUGUUAUCUCUACUAGACCUGGUAGCCAUCAAUUAUUUCGUUUUGUAUAAUGAAUGCACCGGGGAAAAUAUUAGUAGGAGAGAUUUCAUUUUGAAGCUAGCCACAGCGCUGCAGCAGAAACAGUUCGAUCAGAAAACUACAAAGCAGCAGCUCCACGUGGAUUCUGUGCUGCACCAAGUGACACGCAAGAGAAAACGUUACUUCACUUUUAAUUAAAAAACUACAGUACUUUCGUUGUUACAGUUUUAUAUGUACAUAUACCUGUUACACACUAGUUUCUUUUGGGGAAGCAGCGUGGAGUAGUGGUUAGAGCUCUGGACUCUUGACCAGACGGUCGUGGGUUCAAUCCCAGGUUGGGGACACUGCUGCUGUACCCUUGAGCAAGGUACUUUACCUAGAUUGCUCCAGUAAAAACCCAACUGUAUAAUGGGCAAUUGUAUGUAAAAAUAAUGUGUAAAAAAUUAUGUAAUUGUAUGUAAAAAUAAUGUGAUAUCUUGUAACAAUUGUAAGUCGCCCUGGAUAAGGAUGUCUGCUAAGAAAUAAAUAAAUAAUCUUUUGAAAUGUUUGUUUUAUUAUUUUUUUUAAGUUGUGCUUUAUAUGUGGCAAGUUAGGAAAUAAACCCUUUUAUGUUUAAUUGUUCAUUUAAAUACAGCGUUUUGGCUGUGCAGAUGUUUGAUAUGAUGUGCUUUAAUAAAACUUUUGAGUUGUAGCCAA